AAUGUCACUUACAAGAAGCUGAUGCUUUGUUUCUUUCCAUCAAGAAUUUUAGAAGGUCCGAUUCCUACUUUAGGUGUUUGUAGCGUUUUGUAGAGCCGAAACGAGUGUGCAAAUAUUUAUAAGGCACAAAUAAAUUAAACAUUUGGUUCUGUUUUUUUUAUUGUAACGUUAGGAAGGUAUUCAUUCAGUAUUACAUCCAGCAUGGCGUCUGGAGGCGGUUCGACAACAACUGUGGGAGAUGUUGAAGAAGAUGCAUCCCAGCUUCUUUUUCCUAAAGAGUUCGAGAACGCGGAGACACUUUUAAACUCCGAGGUACACAUGCUUCUGGAGCAUCGCAAGCAGCAGAACGAGAGUGCUGAGGACGAACAAGAGCUGUCGGAAGUCUUCAUGAAAACUCUGAACUAUACUGCAAGGUUCAGCCGGUUCAAAAAUAGAGAAACUAUUGGCAGUGUGCGCAGUUUACUCUUGCAGAAGAAAUUGCACAAGUUUGAGCUGGCAAGUUUAGCCAACCUGUGUCCAGAAGCAGCAGAGGAGGCCAAAGCCCUCAUCCCUAGUCUGGAGGGCCGGUUCGAGGACGAGGAGCUGCAGCAGAUCCUUGAUGACAUUCAGACCAAAAGAAGUUUCCAAUAUUGAGGACAAUUCUUUUUCAUCUGGCUCAACAAGACCCAUCAUUUUAUGUCAAAAUGGUCUGUAUUUCCUAUCCAGAAGGACACUACUUUCCACAUGAUGGCAUAUUCUCUGUAUGAUGUAGUGGUGCAUUUGGGGAACUUGAGAACACCUUUCUUGCUUUCAUUCAUGGAUGAGGGGGGAAUUAGGCCCCACAGAUCUGUAUAUUCGCUGCAGAGAUGAUACAGAUCAAUUUU